AUGUGGAUCCACUUGAUGCGAGUGGCGUUCGCCACAGCCGUGUCCACCACGCGAUUUACCACUCCUGGCGACCCCUUCUCGUCCAUUCGUGUCUCUAUUCUCUCUCGGGUACACAUCCUCUCUAAAAGGCCAUCUGGCACAUGGCUGUCCAUUGCGCAAUUGACCACUAUAUCGGUUUUCCUCCUCGGUCCUCACCACUCAGGGUGCAGGUGGGAUGAACCCAAAGCUUUAUGGCUUCACCAAGCAAGUGAUAAGCGCUCCUUCUCAGAAGAAGCCCUCAAUCAGUGUGAUAUGAGUCCAGAUGCUCGAGCACUUCGAGAAUAUGCUGCAAGCCAAGCUCUACAGUCUGUAGGCAUUUGA